AUGUCUGGCGUCCAACAUCUUGACCGGAUUGUUGGAUUCUAUCCCCGGCUUAUUAUCGGGAGUCCAUUAAUGUGCAGGGGAGAAAAAUACGCGAGAAGACAUAAAGCCUACAACAUGAUUCUUACCGGUGCUUCUUUUAUUGAUUCAAAACGAGCUUUCAAGAGGUACUGGGGUGAGGAAGCUAAACAAGGAAGAGAAAUUGUGGAUAAGUUAUUUAAAUGUGAAGAUGUUCUUUUGAAUUACUUGUAUGGGAAUGCAACUUCUUCAUCAAGGACAGUUGAUCACGUGAAACCAGCUUGGGCAAUCGAUGCUUCAAAGUUUUUUGGUGGAGCGAUUAGUUGCAACAUGAAGGUGCAUUACAGAUUGAGAAGCAAUUGUCUGAUGAUAUUUUCGAAGAUCUGUGGAAGUAUAGAGGAUCGAAAAUGGGAAUUUGACAGUAUAAAAUAUGGUUGGGAUGUAUAG